AUGGCCACUGUUGUGAGAGAGGGUCCAUAUGGAAUAUUUGCUGGCAGAGAUGCCUCCAGGGGACUAGCGACUUUCUGUCUAGAUAAAGAUGCACUCAGAGAUGAAUACGAUGACCUAUCGGACUUAAAUGCUGUACAGAUGGAAAGUGUAAGAGAGUGGGAGAUGCAAUUUAAAGAAAAAUAUGACUACGUAGGUAGACUCCUAAAACCAGGGGAAGAACCAUCAGAAUACACAGAUGAGGAAGACACCAAGGAUCACACUAAACAGGAAUGAACUUUGUAAACAACCAAAGUCCAGGGGCCUUCGGAACUGCAACCUCUUAUUCCCCAUCACAGAAUGUCCUGCAUCUUUGGGUACAGUUCAUCUGCUGCGAAAAACAUUCAACAGGUUUUGUACAAGGAAAAUAAUAUACUCACAAAUGAAGAUUUGAAUACUAAACAUUAUUUGUGCUGCCAAACUUUUUGUUGCAGUUUAUUUGUAAUGUCUGGUUAGGCUUCGUUAGUGAAGAGGGGCCAGGGAUUUAAAGGCAAAAACGCUAUUCCCUUUUAUCAGUAAGUUGAAGCCUUCAAGUAGUAUAUAUUCCAAGCUCUCUAAAAGACGUGAGUCUUCAAGCUCAGUGGAAGGUUUGAAUCUUGUUUCGUAUGUGUCUUCUCCUUCAGCAUUAAAGACGUACUCAUGUACAUACGUAUCAGUAGGUUAGACUACUGAAACUGGUGUUAAAAUGUGAAUUUCCAAUUUUGUUUUAUAUGUGGGCGUUAGCAGCCCUGGCCGAAUACUUCAGUUCUCUAAGAGAAGUCCAUGUAGAUUAGGAUGGGGGUAAAAUUCAUCCUUUUCUCAAAAGGAUUGGGUAAAACUGCUUCCCCCGCAACAACUAUUAUCUGAAACCUGCCUCUCCCCCCUUUUCCCAUCCUCUAAAUCAAAUCAAAUAUUAAUUGUGCCUUAUUUCACUUACAUAGACUUGAAUUGUUUUAAGGGACAGCCCCAAAAUUGCGGUUCCAUAGUCACUACAAGCAGCAUUGAGACUGAAGUUAGAAUGUUCUGUUGACCGGAAAACCUUGAUGUCAUUCUGUGUAUAGAAUGUAAAAGAGGAAUACUCAGUGUUACUGCCAUAUGUUAAUACUACAUAUACUUAAAUUAGCAUUGUGAUGGCCAAAUGCAUACUCCCAUGCUUCUUUUUAAGUAAUUACAAACACACAAAAGAGUCACCCUUCCUCCUCUUCCAGAAGCUGCCUAACUUUUGGGAGCGUAGCCUUCACACCCCUGUAGAGUGAAGGGGCGUGCGCGCGUGUGUAUGUGUGUGUGUCUGUCUGAAUGCAAGACUUGGGAGGGAUUGUUUCUGCAGAUAUUGUAAAUACGAGUACCAUUUUAAUAAAGCAUGUACAAUACCAAA